UGAUCACUGUGCCUAGCUCUGAUCCCUGGCACAUCAGAGUACUGCUUUCGAAAAGGGGAAAAAAAGACUUGUGUCUUUAAAACAUCAUUUCUUAUAUGUUAUUCCCUUAAAUCCACCAACCCCACAUCCCCCAAUUCCUUUGGAGACUGCAUAGCUAGGUCUUUGCAUCAGCAAAGUCUUUCUCUCCCGUGGGUCUCACUGGCUUGGGGAUUAUUGAUUUGGAAGGCGAGGCUAAUUUACAUGUAAAUAAAUCUGAGCCCCGGGCAGCCAGGCUGGGACGUCCAGAUGCCGUGACUGACUUGCUGACAUCACGGCCUCAUUAGCAUGCGGAGGAUGCAGGCUUUGCAACAGCGACUUCUCUGGCACCACCAGCAGCUCCACCGACAGUUAUUAUUAUUAUUUUCUGGCCAAGCUGCACAUUUCCUGGUUGAGUGGCCUGGGCUUUUUGGAGCAGCUGACUUCGUCUCCCAGGUCUGGCAAGGGCUCAGCUGGUGACGCGGAGGCUGGGGUCUGUGACUUCCUUCCAGACUGUGGUGAAGACGCGGAGUUCAGAGGAAGCUGGGGUUCUCAGGAAAGCGAUCGGAGGGCUCGGGUGGACCCAGGGGAAGGGCAGAAGUCCCACUGUCCCCUCCCUCCUCAGCUUGGGGCCUGGUGCAUCACCUCUCGUCCAGAGUCAGGGAUGGGGUUCUCCCUGGGGGAAUGCAGACUCGCCCCGGCUAGAGCCUGCUGCCUGCUGGCUUAGGAAGGAGACAGAUUUGCAGAGACGUUGGCUGGAGAAGAUGCCCGGGCUGCCUGAGCUUCUGCUGGUGCUCUCAGACACCAGAUCCAGGGAGAAAGUGAACUGGGGAAACUGACCAACUCCUCUGUCUGGGGGAAGCUGCUUCCGGGGAGCUGAGCAUCUCAUCUUCCCUGGAGGAAGAUCUGCCUGCACUGCAAGUGUCCCCAGGAGGAGCACAUGGUGACAGUGAUGCCGCUGGAGAUGGAGAAGACCAUCAGCAAACUCAUGUUUGACUUCCAGAGGAACUCCACCUCGGACGAUGACUCCGGCUGUGCCUUGGAGGAGUACGCCUGGGUCCCACCAGGGCUGAAGCCUGAACAGGUACAUCAGUACUACAGCUGCCUCCCUGAAGAGAAAGUCCCCUAUGUCAACAGUCCUGGAGAGAAACUGCGCAUCAAGCAGCUCCUGCACCAGCUCCCGCCACAUGACAAUGAGGUUCGAUAUUGCAACUCGCUGGAUGAGGAGGAAAAACGGGAGCUGAAGCUGUUCAGCAGCCAGAGGAAACGAGAGAAUUUGGGCCGAGGGAAUGUCAGGCCCUUCCCUGUCACCAUGACAGGGGCCAUCUGCGAGCAGUGCGGAGGGCAGAUUAAUGGCGGGGAUAUUGCCGUGUUCGCCUCACGAGCUGGCCAUGGCGUUUGCUGGCACCCGCCCUGCUUCAUAUGCACUGUCUGCAACGAGCUGCUGGUGGACUUGAUCUACUUUUACCAAGAUGGGAAGAUCUACUGUGGCCGGCACCACGCCGAGUGCCUGAAGCCCCGCUGUGCAGCCUGUGAUGAGAUCAUCUUUGCUGACGAGUGCACUGAGGCUGAGGGGCGACACUGGCACAUGAAACACUUCUGCUGCUUCGAGUGCGAGACAGUGCUGGGUGGCCAGCGCUACAUCAUGAAGGAGGGACGACCCUACUGUUGCCACUGCUUCGAGUCCUUGUAUGCAGAAUAUUGUGAUACCUGUGCCCAACAUAUAGGGAUCGACCAAGGUCAGAUGACCUAUGAUGGCCAACACUGGCAUGCCACCGAGACCUGUUUCUGCUGUGCCCACUGCAAGAAGUCCCUCCUGGGGAGGCCAUUCCUCCCAAAGCAAGGCCAGAUCUUCUGCUCCCGGGCCUGCAGUGCCGGAGAGGACCCCAAUGGUUCUGAUUCUUCCGACUCGGCCUUCCAGAAUGCCAGGGCCAAGGAAUCCAGACGCAGUGCCAAAAUCGGCAAGAACAAGGGCAAGACCGAGGAGGCUAUGCUGAACCAGCACAGCCAGCUGCAGGUGAGUUCCAACCGCCUGUCUGCCGAUGUGGACCCCCUGUCACUCCAGAUGGACCUGCUCAGCCUGUCCAGCCAGACGCCCAGCCUCAACCGAGACCCCAUUUGGAGGAGCAGGGAUGAGCCCUACCAUUAUGGGAACAAGAUGGAACAGAACCAGGCCCAGAGUCCCCUGCAGCUCCUCAGCCAGUGCAACAUCAGGACUUCCUACAGUGCCGGAGGACAGGGGGCUGGGGCUCAGCCCGACAUGUGGGCCAAGCACUUCAGCGGCAACCCCAAGAGAAGCUCGUCACUGGCCAUGAAGGGACAUGGGGGCAGCUUCAUCAAGGAGUGCCGAGAGGACUACUACCCCGGGAGACUGAGGUCCCAGGAGAGCUACAGUGAUAUGUCUAACCAGAGCUUCAACGAGACACGAGGCAGCAUCCCGGUGCCCAAGUAUGAGGAGGAGGAAGAGGAGGAGGAGGAAGAAGGGGGCCUGUCUGCUCAGCAGUGUCGGACCCGUCAUCCCAUCAGCUCCUUGAAAUACACAGAGGACAUGACGCCCACAGAGCAGACCCCUCGAGGCUCCAUGGAGUCACUGGCCCUGUCGAACACAACAGGCCUCUCCACUGAAGGCGGUGCCAAGCGCCAAGAGCACCUGUCUCGGUUCUCCAUGCCGGACCUCAGCAAGGACUCGGGCAUGAACGUGUCGGAGAAGCUGAGCAACAUGGGCACCCUCAACUCCUCCAUGCAGUUCCGCAGCGCCGAGUCGGUGCGCAGCCUGCUGUCGGCGCAGCAGUACCAGGAGAUGGAGGGCAACCUGCACCAGCUGGGCAAUCCCCUGGGCUACCGAGACCUGCAGUCGCACGGACGGCUGCACCAGAGCUUUGAUUUUGACGGGGGCAUGGCGAGUAGCCAGCUCCCCGGGCAGGAAGGGGUUCGGCUGCAGCCCAUGAGCGAGCGCACCCGGAGGAGAACCACGUCCCGGGAGGACGCCCGGCGCUUCCGUCCCCACCGCUCCCGGCGCUCCCGGCGCUCGCGCUCCGACAACGCGCUGCACCUGGCCAGCGAGCGCGAGGCCAUCGCCAGGCUGAAGGAGAGGCCGCCGCUGCGGGCCAGGGACGACUAUGACCAGUUCCUGCGCCAGCGGAGCUUCCAGGAGAGCCUGGGCCAGGGGUCCCGGAGGGACCUGUACGGCCAGUGCCCCAGGACUGUGUCGGACCUGGCUUUGCAGAACGCCUUUGGGGAGCGCUGGGGACCCUACUUCACCGAGUACGACUGGUGCUCCACCUGCUCCUCCUCCUCCGAGUCUGACAACGAAGGCUAUUUCUUGGGAGAACCCAUUCCCCAGCCGGCGCGCCUGCGCUAUGUGACCAGCGACGAGCUGCUGCAUAAAUACAGCUCGUACGGGGCCCCCAAAGCCUCCACGCUGGUGGGCAGGGGACAGCUGCACAGCAGGAAAAGACAGAAGAGCAAAAACUGCAUCAUUUCCUAAUCGGCCGGGGGGCGGGGCGCGGCGGGGAGCGAAGAAGAAUGUACCUUCAGGAAGUUGCACUGUCUGGAAGGGUCAGAGCUUUUGGGGGUGCUGGUAGGGCAGGACGGGGAACAUGCUUCGAGUCGGUUAGUGAGGAGGCUAGCCAGUCCGCGUGUCUCAGCAUGUUCAGUAUUCUUUGCACAUUUCACUUUGGUAACACACGAGGCUCUGCGUCCCUCCCUGCCCACGAGGGUGGAGUGGACAGCUCAGGAGAUGGCACAGGAUUUCUCACUUGCUUGUUGUGUCUGUUUUUUUGUUUUUGUUUUUUCUGGGUUCUCUUAACUCUUAGGACUUCCCCCCCCCACCUACACACACACAGUAAGUAAUUUGUUUAUUAAGCCAGGAACCCCCAGAUUAAGUUAUUUACAUGUCCAUUGUAAAUGCAAAUGUAAAUGAGAGUUCUGAUAAAAAUAAUAUUUUUGUAUUUUGUAAUAUCAAAGGAAUUUCUAUAUGGUAGGACUCCGUGGGGACUUGCAUGCCCGCCCAAUAUUGUCUUGCAAUAGUAGUCAAAGGUGUUCCAGAACCACCUUUUUCUUUUUGUCCCUUUUUUUUCUUUCCUACACAAAUUUGUUACAUGUCAGUGAGACCUUCUUCAAAGGAGUAUAUUCAAUUGGCUUUUUUUGUAGCUGAGACAAACGAAAAGAAAAAAAAAAAAACACCUAAUUCUACCCAAAGCAUUUUGUGCUGUAUUCCAUUUUAAGGAACUGUCCUUAAGCCCCCUUCCCUUCUUAGUAGAAUUUAUUCUCUACAGAGUGAUAGUAAAGAAAAAUUUUAUUAUUAUUAUUGCAAAUGUAACUUUUGCCAAUUAGGAAAAAAAACCCAUGUCAGUACAGUUCUGUGGGAAAUGCCAUCCCUGCCGGGGACAUUGAAGUUGUUUAAUGUUUAUCCGUCCUCUUGGGGACAAUCAAAGUGACCGUGAAUGGUGCCGUUCUGUGCUUGUCAGCAUGAUGUUCUGAAUGUGGCAUUCUUUUCUGGUGCUCAUGUUUUCCGAAUUGUAUUCUCUGCUUUCUUUUUCCAAGGCAGACAGAGCUGCUGCCUUAGCCUGACAACUCAUUGUCCUCAUAGCAAAUGAACUUGGGCAGUUGAAUAGAGGGACUGGAAAGUUGGGGGGGGGGGGCGGAAUCUGGGAGUCACAGUGUGUUGUACGUUAAUCAUGGAGAAAGAAUAAGGUAAUCUGCAAACAGAAAGCAGGUCAGGGUAGAUGGUGAAGGGAAUUAGGAAGGAAGGAAGUUCAGGGAGAAACUGGUGGAGAGGAAGUAAAAGAGAGGUGACCACCACUUUUCAACACCCCUCCAUUGCUCGUUGAGAGGUUCCCAUUUAGUAAGCUUAAAAUAACCAGGGUGGCUGGCUCCCCCUCAGGAGACUGAAGUUGCUGAUUUCAAGGUGACCACCUGGAAAAACAGACCCCCACUGAAAGGAAGAUUUCCAUGUUGAAGUUUGAGGACUGUUGAUCAGACAGAAAAUGGGCUUAAACGUGAGUUUGCAUUAAGGCGGCACUUAACGGUUAUGCUGUUUAUAUAGUAAAAUAAAAACUUCCUGCCUUGCUUCAGUUUCCAAAUGAAGCGCUUGCCUUCUUCCGUCCAUCCUCCUCCUCCCCUUAGUGGAUUGUGGUGGUUGAAAUAAUCCAUCGGAGGACCCACCUUUAGUGAGCUAUGCUGUCCUCGUGGUAUCUGGUGUGUCUCAGUGGCCAUCUGUAGUGAGGUGAGCAUGGUCCCUGUUCAGUAUAAUAGUUAACAUUUUCUAGUAUUUUCUAAGGAAUGGGAGAAGUGGCUUUUCAGACACCAUCCUGAAUGGGUCUGGGGAAAGGAAGGUUGUAAAGGAUGUGGUCAUGGCACCCUAUUCAGGAUGUAUUUAAAAAAAAAUAAUUUGCUCUUCAGGUAUUAAUAUGACAUUUGUCAUUGUCACUAAUGUUUUUCUUUAAAAACAAAAAAAAGCAAUGCAAAUGUUGGUUGUGGCUGUUUUCCGCAUGCUAUCUUCAUAUCUAAAUGCUACAUUAAUUAUCCGAACCUCUGGAGAAUUAACUUUAUUCUGUUUGUAUAAUAAGUUUGUAAACUGCUCGGCAAACUGACUAAGACAUUCAUUGCACCAUGCUACUACAGUGGCUGGUUUCUGGUAGACAUUGGGUGAGUCCAAGCUGGAGUUUCUUGGUUAGUCAGAAUAAAAAAGGUGUGUGUAUGGGGGGAUGGGAGAGAGAAUGAGAGAGCGGGGGGAAGUAAGAUCAUUUCAUGGUUGAAACUAUGUCUGUCCUCAGAUGGCCCCAGACACAAUGAACAAAAUUCUCCCAGCAAAAGUUGAUUAGUAUCUUUGUCCUUCCAGGAUAGCUCUUGGGUUUCUUCAAUAAGGCUUGAACCCCUAUCUGCAGAAAGGAGGUGGUGGUCAAGAAACGGACCUAAUGUCAGAACCAAAGGGAUCUGAAGGUUAAGUAAUUUUAGGUGUCAUGGUACAGAACAUCAGAAGUCAUCCUGGCCACAGCUUAGUGUAGAAUGAGAUACAGGCCUCACGGUCAAAGGGCCUACAAAACAAAAUGGCCUCCUCCACCACUUCAGAUCUCUUCCCACCCCAAAUCAGCCAGGGCACUUUAUUGGGAGCAUCAGUUGCAGAAGGCCAGUUCAUAAAGUGACUGUGGACCCUCCGAGUGAAGGACUGCCAUAUAGAGGCAGAAUGUCAUUCUAUUGAGGAAGAGAUAACUUUCUCAUCACAUUGCAGGAUCUCAUUCCCAAGAAUUCAAUGCAGUCUUUUCUUGAGGCAAGAACCUAAAGUCCUCCCCUGAUUUCUGCAUCCUCAACAUGAGCUCCUCUGGCCAGGCUUCUCCCAUGAGUGGGGCCUGUAUUCUCCUCUUCAUCAUUUCAUCUCUGUAGACAUUUUCAGUUCUUUUUUCCCCCCCAUUUUCAGAUACUUUGGUUGUUUUUUUUUUUUUUUCCUGCCUCUCUUGUGAUAUCGGGCUUGUCUUUUCCCUAGAGCUCCAACUCUGGAGUUCACUCCACUGCUUAUUGCUACUAAAUUCCAUAACCACAGAACUCGAUUAAGAAUUGAGCAUUCCUUGAAUGGUCCUGCCACAGUACCCUCUUCAUGCUGUGAAAAGACUUCUCAGUGACACUGGGGGCAUCGAGAGUGGUAUCUGUGUACUCAGCUUCCUGCUAGACAGUUCUAGUGUAUUUCCCAAGUGUGAAGGUGAAGGAGGUGAGGAAAAUCAGACUCUGCUUCCUGGAUUUGCACUUGCCCAAGGAGAAAUCCUGAUGUGGGUUGUCUGACACGUCUGUAUUUCUCCUUCCAAUCAGCUGGGCAAACUAGCAGUUUGGUUUUUCUAAUAAGAGACUUGGUGGUGGCACAUUCUCAUUUCCUGCAAGAUGCUCUGUACUGCAGCAAGAGUUUUUCUUCUCCUCUCACAGCAACUUUUGGCUUCUUGGGCCCUACUAGCCAUGGUUGAGGUCAGCUGGUACCAGUGGUGGCAUAAAUACUACCUGCUCAGUUUGAGCCAUUUGAGCAGAUAAUAAGCAAUAGAUUACUGUGUAUUCUAUUCUUUCCCAGAAAAUGAUGGGGCAGCCCUGGAAAA